GUGGUGAUCCUCCCUCUUGGGUGCGGGGCUGGGGACGGACCGGACCAAACCGGACCAAACCGGAUCAAACCGGACCAAACCAGAGCAGAGGGCCUAACUACCACCAGAGCCUGGGCAUUCUCCAUCAUGCUGGGCUCCGGCUUCAAAGCCGAGCGCUUACGAGUCAACCUGCGGCUGGUUAUCAAUCGCCUUAAACUGCUGGAGAAAAAGAAAACCGAACUGGCCCAGAAAGCAAGAAAAGAGAUUGCAGAUUACCUGGCCGCGGGGAAGGACGAGCGGGCUCGGAUCCGGGUGGAACACAUCAUCCGGGAAGAUUAUCUCGUGGAGGCCAUGGAGAUUCUGGAACUCUAUUGUGACCUGCUCCUGGCUCGAUUCGGCCUCAUUCAGUCCAUGAAGGAACUAGACUCUGGUCUGGCUGAAUCUGUGUCCACUCUGAUCUGGGCAGCUCCUCGACUCCAAUCCGAAGUGGCCGAGUUGAAAAUAGUUGCAGAUCAGCUGUGUGCCAAGUACAGCAAAGAAUACGGCAAGCUUUGCAGAACUAAUCAGAUCGGAACUGUGAAUGACAGGCUAAUGCACAAGCUGAGUGUGGAAGCUCCACCCAAAAUCUUGGUGGAGCGGUACCUGAUUGAAAUUGCCAAGAACUACAACGUGCCAUAUGAGCCUGACUCUGUUGUCAUGGCAGAAGCUCCUGUUGGAGUUGAGGCAGAUCUUAUUGAUGUUGGAUUCACCGACGACGUGAAGAAAAGCGGCCAUGGGAGAGGAGGAGGAGGUGGUGGUGGGUUUACAGCACCACUUGGACCUGAUGGUACAGUGCCUAUGCCUAUGCCAAUGCCGUCACCAAAUUCUUCCUUCUCAUACCCACCUCCAAAGGGACCGUCGGAUUUCAAUGGAUUGCCAAUUGGGACUUAUCAGGCUUUUCCCAAUAUUCAUCCACCUCAGAUACCUGCAACUCCCCCAACGUAUGAAUCUGUUGAUGACCUUAAUCCUGAUAAGAAUGUCUCUUCUUCCGCACAGAUUGUUGGUCCCGGGCCUAAACCCGAAGCCUCGGCCAAGCCGGUCCCGAGACCCGUGGAUAACUAUGACAACUUUGUGUUACCGGAAUUGCCAUCCGUUCCGGACACAUUACCAACCGCGUCUACUGGCCCCCACACCUCUGCCUCUGAAGACAUUGACUUUGAUGAUCUCUCCCGAAGAUUUGAAGAGCUGAAAAAGAAAACAUAAGGCUGCCUGACUGUGCGACUCCAGGGUCUGGGAUUUGGGAUUGAGCAGCUUUUCACCUGUAAUGAAGAUUUCCGUAGAAUUCCCAUUUCCUGUACUAACCGUCACUGAAUUUUCUUUCUCUGAGCUCUCUUCCUGCUCUUCUUAUACCAGAUUCCGCUGCUUUCCUUCUCUCCGCUGCUCAGGAGAGACACACUAAUGGAGACCCUCUAAGAAACACUGUCAGGUGUGGGAUGCGCCGUGAAAUGAGCUCUGUCUUUCUCCCGUGAGUGCGAUUACAAGUUGUAUCCAUGUCAGCUCCAACUCCAGUGGGGUAAGGAAAAGGGAAAGCCCCCUAAGGGGAGUCAAAAUGACCGGACACUGGGGAGAAUGCCUAAUUAAGCGGCUUACCCCUGUGUCCUGGGCCCAACCCCGCCCGUCCCCCUCACCCCACCAAUCUGUGUAUCAAGGAACAUUAUGGAGCGUGAGACACAAAGACACGGUGGAUGUUUGCUCCCUCAGACUGGGGGUGGAGAAGAGCGCGAGAACGAUGGAGCAAGCUGCGGUAACAAAUAGUUCUUGAAAGCUGGGUGAUUUCAUUGCAUAUACACUCCUGGCUGCGGGACACUAUUGCUUCUGGAUCCAGUGGCAAAGUCUGAGUGGAACACGUGCGGCCUCUUCUAGAUCUGCUGGAUUCUCAGGGAGCCCUCUGUGGCCUUUUACAGCUUCAUUUUGAGUGAUUUCCUCUCACAGGAGGCCGGCCCUGGACAUUCUCCCGUUUGGCCCACGGCACAUUCAGUCCAUUGCUCUGAAGCGCAACACCAGCUGAACAACUAAAGCCCCAGGACGGCUCAAGGCCGGAGUGGGAGCCCAGCCUGCCUUCGAACUCCCACUCCUGUCUUCCGGUAGGCUGAAUGAGAGCCUUUGAAGUACCUAAGGUAUUAGUCUAGAUUAUCUUUCGGAAACGCACCUGCCAAUGUAGUCGUUUCUCUGGUUGACGUGGGCGGACAGACAGAUAGGUCCUUGGCCAGUGCUACCCUCCCCGGGUGGGAAGGCUUCUCCUUCGGCAGAUACGGCCGUGCCCCUCUUCGGUGUAACAUACCUGUACAUAACAAUUUCAGACAGCUCUCCUGUCGCUCUUGGGUUGAUUUGUAGAAUUGGUUAGUGAUUAUUAAUAAAAGAAAGGACUCGGAGCCCUUUUCUCCCAGCCGUUUGGUUAUGACGUGGCAGACUGGGUGCCAGGGUGGAAUUGGGAAUUCUCAGCAUCGGUGAGGGGUUGUCUAAGGGUGGAGGGGAAGGCUGGAACACCGCAAUUCCAAUAGACUGCGGAGUGGGGUUGGAUGGAAAGGUUGGACGUACAUCCUCAGCAUUACGUGAUGAGUACUAUAGUGCGAGUUUUCCUUAACCUGGGGGUCUUCAGGAAUGCGAUCUCCAUGCUGUCGGGGAACUGAUUGUACUUAGAUUUCAGCUUGACCAGCAUCUUAGAGUAGCUUUUUGGUUCUGAUUAAAGAUUAGCGUUGAUUCAUUGAAAA